AUGAAGUUCUUGUACAAGAACAUCCUCACGAGAUUUGGUACACCUUCAUCCAUCAUCACUGAUGAGGGGUCUCAUUUUGAUUGCAAACUCAUCGCUAAUGCUUUGCAUAGGUAUGGGGUGAAGCACAAACUUGCGACAGUAUAUCACCCACAAACAAAUGGACAAGUUGAGAUUUCUAACAACGAGAUUAAGAAAAUUCCAGAAAAGGAAUGUCGUUUUUUUAAGCUUGUUUAUGGUAAUUUAUGUCACCUACCUGUUGAUUUAGAGCACGAGGCAUUUUGGGCCAUUAAAAAGAUGAAUAUGGAUUGGAUAGUCACCGAACAUAAACUUCUCGAGUUGAAUGAAAUGGAAGAAUUCAAAGACCAGGCUUAUGAGAACGCUAAGCUCUAUAAGGAAAAGACUAAGCGAUGGCACGAUAAGAGGAUCAUGCCAAGGCAAUUUGAACAGAGGCAACAAGUGUUGCCAUUUAUCUCAAGAUUGAAAUUGUUCCCUAGUAAGUUGAAAUCAAGAUGGUUGGGGCCUUUUGAUGUGAUCAAAGCCUGUCCUCAUGGCGUAGUGGACAUCAAAUAUACCAAGAUUUGGGUAAUUUUUAAGGCUAAUGGACAACGUUUAAAGCACUACUGGGGUGCACAUGUGGAUUGA